CCGUUGACACGCGGCUUGGAGGCAUGCAGGUGUUGGUGUCGUCGGACGAAGCAAAUUCCGAGAAAAUGACGACGAAACGAUUCUCCUUCUGAUUCUUUCGAGCGAGCCCGUGCCCGUGCCAUAGAGAGGAGAGGUGCGAGGACAAAAUCGCGCCUCCUCCGCCCACUCUAUUACCCGCCCUUUUCUGCCCGCCCACUCCGCCUUUGCUCUGCUCGCGUCGCCAUUUCCUCCUCCCUCCUCGUGCACAGCAAGCUAACCCGAAACCAGCACGGGCAUAGAUAGCAUACGCGCGCGCACGGGCGCUCUUAUUCUUUGCUCUGCUUCGUCUUCGAGCCGCACGCGUGCAUUCCUCUGUCUGCGUGGCGAGAGUGAGAAGCUAGCCGCCGGAGGGAGGGCCGGCAAUGGGGAGGCACAAGUUCCGGCUGUCGGACAUGAUCCCCAACGCGUGGUUCUUCAAGCUGCGCGACAUGCGCGGCGCCGCUCGGGCCGGGGGCGGCGCAAGCCCCGCCGGGGCGGGCAGGGCGGGCCGGGCGCCGAGCACGCCGCACAGGGCGUCGUACUACUACACGCCGCGGGCGGGGGACGCCGUGGGGUCCCCGCUCCACCACCCCAGGGCCUCCGACGCGCGGUUCCCGCCGCUGCCGCUGUCGCCGCCGCGGCGGUCGUCCAAGCGGCGCCACCGGAGGCGCCCCGUCAAGCUGGCGCCGUCGGCCAGCGGCAGCAGCGUCGUCUCCUCGCCGGUCUCCACCGGGUGCCGCUGCAGGCGCAGGCCCGAGCUCGUCGUCGUCCAGGCGCCCGACACCCCGCCGUGCCGCCGCGACAAGUUCAUCGGCUACAACGACAACGACGACGACUACGACUACGACUCGGGUGACGAGACGCUCAAGAAGCCGACGGUCGCCGUGCUCGGCGACGGCGGGCUCGGCGGCAAGCUGGUCACCUCCGCCACGGACAUCAUCAUCGACCUGCGGACCAAGAAGAGGCCCGACAAGGUGCUGCUCCCGCCGAUCGUGACCAGGCCGAAGCCGGCGCGGAGGACGCCCGAGGGCCCCGAUCUCGAGGACAAGCACAUCGACACGCUCGCGCGCGCGGCCCAACGAAGCGCCACCACCCCUUUCUCGGACGAACAAAGCAAGGCCGCCAAACCGAGGCGGUCCGUGUCGUCGUCGUCGUCGGCGGCGGCGCGCCGGCUCAAGACGCGCGGGAACACGCCGCGCGUGGCGUCGUGCAAGAAGCCCAAGCCUCCCGCGCCCGCGCCCUCGCCAGCUCGGGAGAAGCCGCCGCCUCUGGCGGAGAGCUUCGCGGUGGUGAAGACGUCGCGGGACCCGAGGCGGGACUUCCGCGAGUCCAUGGAGGAGAUGAUCGCGGAGAACGGCAUCUGCACCGCCGCCGACCUCGAGGACCUGCUGGCAUGCUACCUCUCCCUCAACGCCGCCGAGUACCACGACCUCAUCGUCGACGUGUUCGAGCAUAUCUGGGCCGGCCUCGCGGACAUCGGCAUGUAGCAAGCGAGAGCAGAGCAGCGCUCGUGCAUUGCAUUGCAUUGCAUGGUGAAUCCAACGAGUCCCAUCGUGUCAAAAAGUUGUCGUCCUUACCUAAUUAGCUCUUGUUAAUGCUCCUAAAUUGGGUAUGAUAAAUAUGAGAUUCCCCAAAGCCUGUGAAGCCAAAGCCAUGCUCUUCUUUUCUUCUGGCCUUUGCUGGUAGUGCAGUUCUUGCUCGAGGCCGGCACCUGUAACAAGGAGUGGAUGCCCAAUUUAACAGUGGGGUAGUAACUGAUAAAUUGUGGUGGUAGAACCGUACAAGUUAAAAAUAAUGCUCCUACGGUGGCAGAAAUAACUUAGAGAAA